AGCUGGAUGAGCUGGAUGCUGUCAUUUUUUUCUUUCGAAUAUUUUGUCAUUUUCGUCGAUUUUCCUGCGCAAACAAAUUGUUUUUUGGUCAACUGGUACGUCAGAAUAUCAAUGGCUUCCGGUGACCACAUAAAGAGAGAAGAAAUGAACUUGGAUGAAACAGAGUCAGAUUGGUUUGGAUAUGCCUGUGAUUCUGGAGAGAUUUUGUUUUAUUACAACAUUAAGACUGGAGAACUCAGAUGGCCCACAAAUUCUCCACACUCUAAGAAUACCAUCCUCAAAGUACAGACCAGUGAUGUACCAGGUGUACGAAAUGAACUGUGCAGUGUGGCUACACAGACUGAAGACUACGGAUGUGUCAAUCACUGUACCUCAAUGUAUGUAGACAAUGAACGACAAGUGGAAAAUAGGGAGAGCGAAAGCCUCGAAAUAAAAGAAGAAGUAAGCGAUGAUGUUACGAUUGAUGUCAGUGAGCAGAACACGUUCAAUAACACUGAUGUUAACGAGAACCUUGAUGAAGUUAGUGAAGAUUAUGGGAUGGAUGAGUCAUUGAGUACCAUAAUUACCAAGAUGAAAGAAAAGGAGAUUGUGCAAAAUGUACAACCCCAGCACAAGAGUAAUACCAAGACUUAUGACUGCUCUUACUGCGGUAGAACAUUUAAAAGGAAAGGUUGUCUUGAUCUUCAUAUACGAACACAUACCGGCGAAAAGCCAUAUGGAUGUUCGUACUGUAACAAGACUUUUACAAACAAAAGUAAUCUCAAUGUACACUUUCGAGUACAUACCGGUGAAAAGCCAUAUGAAUGUUCGUAUUGUGACAAGGCAUUUGCUGCAAGAGCGAGUUGGCGUACCCAUCUAAGAACGCAUAACGUUGAAAAGCCGUAUGAAUGUUCGUACUGUGAUAUGGCAUUUGCACAGAAAGUCACUUUCAACGGUCAUCUACGAAUUCAUACCGGCAACGAGCCAUAUAAAUGUUGGUUUUGUAAUAAAGCAUUUACUAUGAAAGCAAACCUGAACAUCCAUCUACGAACGCACACCGGUGAAAAGCCAUAUGGAUGUUCGUACUGUGACAAGGCAUUUGCAGACARAAGUAAUCUCAGAGUACACCUUCGAAUACAUACCGGUGAAAAGCCAUUUAAAUGUUCGCAUUGCGAUAUGGCAUUUGCUGCAAGAGCGAGUUUCCGUGCACAUAUAAGAACACAUACCGUUGAAGAGCCAUGUAAAUGUUCGUAUUGUGAUAUGACAUUUGCACAGAAAGGUACUUUUGAUGGUCAUCUACGAUUAAAUACCGGUGUCAAGCCAUAUGUAUGUUGGUAUUGCAAUAAAGCAUUUACUAUAAAAACGAAACUGGAUACCCAUCUACGAACGCAUACCGGUGAAAAACCAUAUGGAUGUUCGUACUGUGACAAGGCAUUUGCAGACAAAAGUAAUCUCAAAGUACACCUUCGAGUACAUACCGGUGAAAAGCCAUUUGAAUGUUCGUACUGUGACAAGGCAUUUGCUGCAAGAGCGAGUUUCCGUGCCCAUCUACGAACGCAUACCGAUGAAAAGCCAUAGGAAUGCUCGUACUGUGAUAUGGCAUUUGCAGAUAAAAGUAAUCUCAAAGGACACUAGAGAAAAACGUUUGCGCAUGCGUGCAUUUCAGCACUUUUUCUAAGGAUUCGAGUGAGAAAAUAAAUAUUUGUUUUCUCCAAGUAUACAAAAAAUUCGCGAGUAUACAAUUGCCACACCACGAUACUGUACUAUAAGUAACACAAUAUGAAAGAAUUAGCCUUAAGUUUCAAGCAUGGACACUAAGUUUUGGCAUUUUGCGAAGUCCAAUUUAUCAGGCAUGUUUGAAAGCCAAAUUUACAGAUGAUUUGACUAAUUUGCAUAAGAUUUAGAUCAUGCGCAGACGUUUUUCACUCGUGUCAUCUCAAAGUACACCUUGGAAUACAUACCAUGAAAAGCCAUAUGAAUGUUCGUAUUGCGAUAUGGCAUUUGCUUUAAGAGCGAGUUUCCGUGCCCAUAUACGAUAUUCUCUUGACGAACGUAUACCGGCGAAAGCCAUAGGAAUGUUUGAAUUGAAAGACCAUGGCCAGAUCACUAUAUAUGGAUGAAAGGAUGAUAUAAGGAUGAGCCAUGCGUACAGAGACUCGUUUUGAUAUAAAACCAGGAAGUUAUUAUUAUUAUUAUUAAGAACAUAACAUAAAUGUGCCAAAUUUCAAAAUUAAUCGUCUUGGAAAACUGUUGUACACAUGACGGCAUGCUUUUCAAUGUGCAAAUGCAACCAUGCGUAACAAUAAGUAGACAACACAUGCACAACAUAGUACAGUUUUCGUAUGACUGUGAAAAGUUCACGGCACGAACACGGUCGUGACACAGCAAGGGAUACGCCAGACAAAUCACUUUGAACGAGAAUUUACUCUCCAUCCAAUCAAACACCGGGAUCACGGCAUAAACACGGCGCGGACACGGUCACGCCAAGAUCACGGCACUUUAGAACAUAUCAUUGUAGCGGCACGUCAUGCUUACGGCACUGAGCUUUUCACAGUCAUACGAAAACUGCACUAUACACAGUUACACAAUCGGUGAAGCCAACGGUCGCACCAGAAGGUGUGCCACGUCACGGGUGUAACAUCUUAGACUUAUUUUAGAUGAACGAACAGGUACAGAAUCGUCGGCGUACAUCAUACAAUAUCUUCCAGAGGAGAAGCAUAAUGUGAAAAGGACAGGGCCCAACACUGAGCUCUAUGGGGCAAGUACAGGAGAAGUAGCUGGUCCAUUACUAGUGGAGACGGACGAUAGAUAAAAGUGAAAAUAAAAAGGGACUGGGAAUGAUC